ACUCUGCUGAAUUUGAUUCCCAGGACACCAGGGCAAAACAUCCAAAUCCACAGACAUAGUCACACACACACACACACAGAUGGAUGCGAGGCAAUCUAUGGAGCUGGAGACGUGGAAGAAGAGAAGGGAGAGACUGGAUAAGUUAAUCAGGGAAGACCCGAGCCAACAACGGCGGGAUCCUGCAGAACCCAAGAAAAUUAUGGAUCAUCAGUUAUACUUGGCUGCAAAGGAAAGGGACGUCGACAAAUUCAUCAAAGCCCUGGAGGAUCAUUGUGCCAAGGAAGGAGUGUCGCUGCCCGUCGUUCUCCACCUUCACAGCCCCUCCAAGAGUACAUUGCUCCAUGCUGCAGCAGAGAAUGAUGAUAUUAUCAGAGCGAUCAUCGAUUUUUUCCCUGAGUACUGGAUCUCCGCGACAAACUCCAGAGGAGAGACACCGCUGCUCCUUGCGGCUAGAGCCGGGAAAACCAGUGCGGUGGAGCUCCUCCUUCCCCAGGGGAAUCCAAGAUUAACCGACCGCAGCGGCAACUCCGCUCUGCACGAGGCCGUGAAGAAUCGCCAUUACGAGGUGAUCCGUCGGUUGGUGAACGCAGAUCCCGAUCCGUUGUAUUAUCAGAAUAAGGAAAGCAAGUCUCCAUGGUGCCUAGCCGUCGAAACAGGGGACUUGGAGGUUCUCAAGUGCUUGUUGGAAGUGCCAAAUGAGGGCGAAGACGAGAGGAGAUCACAGACUCAAAUGGUUUUCGGCAUGUCACCCGCUCAUGUCGCGGUUAUGCACCGGAAAUUGGAUAUGCUGACAGAAAUGUGGGAAAAGAAGCCGUGGCUAUUUCAAUUGAGAGAUGCGGAAUAUGGCACUCCACUCCAUUUCGCUGCAUAUAAGAAUUAUCUCGAUGGAGUGAAGUUCAUGAUCGAGAAGUUCCCGAAGAGCGUGCUGGAGCAAGAUAGUACCAUGCUGGAGCACGGUAGUACCGAGGGCUAUCUUCCUAUCCAUGUCGCCUGCAUGAUGGAUCACGUCGGGAUCGUCGAGGAGCUACUUCGGCAAUGGCCAGACCCUGCAGAGUUUCCAUCUAUGCUACAACAGAACAUUCUUCACGUGUCAGCAAGGUACGGAUGCAUUUCAACCGUCAAAUACAUACUGAAAAAUCCCAAGUUCGGUCACCUCAUAAAUGCAAGAGAUUUCGACAUGAAUACGCCUCUGCAUCUGGCUGCGUUGCACUGGCAACCUUCGGUCUUGCUUCUUCUUGCACGAGACAGUAGAGUUGAUCUCAAGCUGGUAGAUAUGAAUAACAUGACGGCUCUGGAUGUGGUGGAGCAGGACAUGAAAGGAAUGGAUGCUCCACUUCGGAAGAGGUUAACACGAAUAAUCUUGCAAUCUGCUGGGACACCGAGAAGUGGAGAAUUAGCUAUCUGCAAGCCAAACCGUCGGAUCCCAGGGAAAGAAUUGGAACCUCCAGAAUUGGAUAGACUCAAGGAGGAGGCGAAUACUCGCAUGGUCGUUGCGACGCUCGUGGCCGCCAUGACUUUCGCUUCUGGUUUUUCCGUUCCAGGAGGAUACAAUGGUUCCGACCCAGGCGCCGGAAUCGCCAUAUUGCUCCACAAAGCCAUGUACAAUGUCUUUGUGAUUUCCAACUCCAUCGCCAUGUACAGCUCAAUCAUCGCACUCGUGAUCCUCCUCUGGACACAGAUUAAUGAUCCUCACGCAGUGCGAAAUGCCCUUUUGAAAGCAAGACUCCCAUUGCUGGUAGCUCUUGCCGCAAUGGCUCUAGCAUUCAUGGCAGGCGUCUACGUAACCGUAACCAAACUCGCUUGGCUUGCGAUUGUUGUCUUGGUCUUGGGAUCGGUCGCCCUCUUCAUCAUCUUGAGUUUAUACCUUCUGUUGUAUAUCCCGCUUGGUUCCAACAAUCGUCUCAUUCGUCGCUUCACCGACUUGAUUAUUGUCGCGGGAAUUUCUAUGUCGGGCAGCGUGACCGCAGGGAGUGGGACUACGGGACGCGCGGCUACGUCUUCCGGUGGCACUCGAGAUGAUAACCUCCGCCUCCACUUGAACAGAUGAUUUAGCCUCCAGGUUCCAGAAAGAUGGCGUCUGAUCCCCCCUUACAUAUGUUAUCUUCUCGCUAAUGACAUACCAAUGUCCUAGUUACAUUCGUUGCUGCUGUUUUGGUUUGGUUGGCCUGUCUGUCUGUCGUAAAAACGAGUGAUGCAUGCGAUUUUAGUCAUCUAAAAUACUUUGUGAUUACUUUCGUUCAAGAUA